AGAUUAUCACAUUGCCAUAGCACAGCCCACAUUUUCCAAGGUGCUGACUGAAAUGCUUAACAUUCUGGAGCGGACACUGUGUAAGAAAUGGAUUUCCCUAAAUAUGACGGAAGACGAACAGCGGCGUGCUAAACUACACUUCUAUCAGAAAACAUCAAUUCCGGGUGUUAUUAUGUGUUUGGAUGGAACCCACGUAAAAAUUAUUCCACCUAAGCUGAAUCGAAAUUUGUUUUUUAAUCGGAAGGGAUUUUAUAGUCUCAACGUUCUGAUUGUUUGUGACGAUCAGCAAAGGAUUCGUUUCGUUGAUCCUACCUUCCAGGGAUCUAAUCAUGACUCUCAUAUAUGGCGUGUAAGCCCUGCAAGAACUCACUUUGAGCAGCUUCACCAAAAUGGUGAAGUUAAUACUAAGAUUCUAGGUGAUGCUGGUUAUCCAUCGGAACCUUGGUUAGUAACGCCAUUCAGAGCAGCGGAGGAAGGGAGUUUGGAGAGCGAUUUUAAUCGCAGGCAUGCCUUGGGUCGUGCUAUCGUCGAGCGGACAAUCGGUUUACUAAAAAAUCGGUUUAGAUGCAUCCUUGGCGCGAGACAACUUCACUACAAUCCUACUAAAUGCGCUCAAAUUAUAAAUGUAUGCUGUGCACUUCACAAUAUAUGCUUAGAAUUUGGUCGUUCUCAGUAGUUAUAAUAUGUUAUGCAGCUGUUUACAUAAUAAACUUUUGUUUAAAUUAAUAUUUAUGACUGUUAAAUUUCAUCUAACUUGUUUGCAAAUGCUCAAAUAAAUAACAAC